UGUAGAAUAGAUGGUUGUUGCGUCAUUGCGCAUGAUGUGCGCUGAAAUUGCACGUACUGCACCCGUAAGUUGGCACAAUCUUUUUUCCACAGCUCAUCUUCCAUAAAUAUGUCCAGGACAGCUGCUGUAGAUUGCGUGCUUAAUCGGCCCCCCUCUUUUCUGGGGGGCUGUAAGCCUUAUAACCUGACACCAGAAUCAUGCACAGGUCAGCAAAUCAGCCGCUAAAGUCAUAAGAUUUUGUAGCUGGAGUUUGCACAAGACAUCAUGAGGGAUGGAGAGGUGUGGAGCACGCUGUGUCCUUCUCUGCUGAAUGUUUGCAGUUUGUUUGGUAACCAAUUGGGUGGAGCACAUCAUCCGACAUUCCUUGCAUUCAAGAGCAGCUGAGCUGGAGUUUUAUUGUUGAUGUUCGGUUUGAAGAGAGGAGAUGGAUGUCCACAUGGUGCUGGGGGGUCAGGAUAAUGUUCUCCUGGCCAAUAAUCCUGACGCAGGAAGUGGCAGUCUGAAGCAUCCAUGCGAUGAGCAGGACAGAAGCACCAGCCCAUCUGUCUUUCGUUCUGUGACCACCACAUGGAAGGAGGGUCUGCUAAACCGGAAAAGACCAUUUGUUGGAAGAUGCUGUCACUCCUGCACACCCCAGAGUCAGGAGAGGCUGUUCAAUCCCAGCAUCCCCUCACUAGGACUCCGUAAUGUGAUUUACAUCAAUGAAACGCACACGAGACAUAGGGGUUGGCUUGCACGGAGGUUGAGUUAUGUGCUUUUCGUCCUGGAGAGAGAUGUCCAGAAGGACAUGUUCGCCCGUAACGUGGUGGAUAACGUGCUCAACAACUGCAGCGUGGAAGGCGCUAUUAUGGAAGUAGCAGCAGAGGCCAGUGGCGUAGAUGCCGAGUCUGGAGUGGAUCCAAAAUCUGCCAGUAAAGUCCGACGGAAAGCCAGAGGAUUCCUGCAGGAAAUGGUGGCCAAUAUCUCGCCUGCCUUCAUCAGAUUAACAGGAUGGGUGUUGUUGAAGCUGUUCAAUGGAUUUUUCUGGAGCAUUCAGAUCCAUAAAGGUCAACUGGAGAUGGUGAAGAAAGCGGCAUCGGAGUACAACGCUCCACUGGUCUUCCUUCCUGUUCACAAGUCCCACAUAGAUUACCUGCUCAUCACCUUCAUCCUCUUUUGUCACAACAUCAAAGCUCCUCACAUCGCUGCCGGCAACAACCUCAACAUCCCCAUUUUAAGCACGCUCAUACGCAAACUUGGAGGUUUCUUUAUUCGUCGUAAACUGGAUGAGAUGCCGGAUGGAAAGAAAGACGUGUUGUACAGAUCACUAUUGCACGCAUACACAGAUGAGUUGUUGCGUCAGCAGCAGUUUCUGGAGGUGUAUUUGGAGGGCACGCGCUCUCGCAGUGGGAAGCCGUCUCCAGCUCGUGCUGGCAUGCUGUCCAUCGUGGUGGACACACUUUGUACCGGCAGCAUCCCUGAUGUUCUAAUCGUGCCCGUUGGCAUCUCAUAUGACCGCAUUAUUGAGGGAAACUACAACAGCGAACAGCUGGGCAAACCGAAGAAGAAUGAGAGUCUGUGGGGUGUGGCCUGUGGCGUGUUCAGAAUGCUCCGGAAGAACUACGGCUGUGUGCGUGUGGAUUUCACCCAGCCCUUCUCCCUAAAGGAGUACCUGGAAACCCAACGCUCCCGGUAUCUCCAAACCACCCUGACCCUGGAGCAGAUCCUUCUUCCCACCAUCAUCGCCGCACAGCCCGAUCAUGCUGUUUUUAAUGGAGAAGAUGGAGAUCAUCUGAAUUUCAGAGACCUGUCAGAUGAGCCCUGGAGGAGGCAGGUUAUCGCUAACCUAGCCAAGCACGUACUCUUCACCGCCAAUAAAUCAUCCGCCAUCAUGUCGACUCACAUCGUGGCCUGUCUCCUCCUGUACCGACACAGACAGGGUGUGCUGCUGUCUAAACUGGUGGAGAAUUUCUUCAAUGUGAAGGAAGAGAUCCUGUCGCGGGACUUCGACCUGGGAUUUUCCGGGAACUCGGAGGACGUGGUGAUGCACGCGCUCAGCCUUCUGGGAAACUGCGUGAACGUCACCAGCACCAACAAAAACACAGAGUUCAUCAUCGCCCCUAGCAACACAGUUCCCGCUCUCUUUGAGCUCAAUUUCUAUAGCAAUGGCCUUUUUCACGUCUUCAUCGCAGAUGCCAUUAUAGCUUGCAGUGCGCUGGCCCUUCUGAGAGAACAAGCUGCAAUGACUUCUGGGGGGGAGCAGAGUUUCUCUUCCACGCUGCUCAGUCAGGAGAGGUUGAUCCGCAGAGGUGCCGGACUAGCACACUUUCUGUCCAAUGAGGUGGCACUGGCACUGCCUUGCCAGACUUUAUACCAGGUCUUACACGAUGCUGUUACCAGAUUAAUCGAGUACGGUGUGCUGAUUGUGGCUGAGGAGGAUCAGGAGGAGUUAAGCCCAUCUGAGGAGCCUUGGCCGAAGAAGUUUCCAGAGGCUCUUACCUGGCGAAGUGAUGAGGAGGAUGAAGACAGUGACUUUGGAGAUGAACAGAGAGACCGCUACCUGAAGGUGAGCCUAUCUGCCGAGCACCAGGAAUUUUUUCUUUUCCUGCAGAGGAUUUUGGCUCCGGUACUGGAGGCGUACAGUGGUGCGGCUAUCUUCAUCCACAGCCUUAGCUCACCUGUUACUGAGAGAGAAUAUACUCACCAGCUUUUCCAGUAUCUCUUGACACGCACAGAGAAAGGAGUGGCGGCAUAUGGAGAGAGUGCCACGCACUACCUUGUAAAGAACACAGUGAAAACAUUCAAAGAGCUGGGGGUGCUUAAAGAAAGACGGGAGGACGGCGUGUGUCGCAUGGAGCUGAGCAGCGCUUUCUUACCUCAGGCCAACAGAAACAAACUCCUGCAAUACAUUCUGGGUUUCUGCCUGCUGUGAGCCAUGUGCUGGAACGACCAACACAUCACCCAUCUCUCCUUCCCCUCUGCCACCCCACUCAAGGGCUUCUUAUAGGCUAGUCAUGACUGUCAAAGGUGCUAUUCUAAGGAAAGCUUUACCUGGAAGUGCCUUCACUAAACACCUCAUAUUAGACUUGAAUCAGUCUUUCCGUCACUGUAGAGCUUUCCAGUUAUGCAGAACUCAAUACUCGACGACUGUAGGUCAUUUUCUGUAAUAGAAGCUUCAACUCACAAUGAUGGUGGGUUAGUGUACUACUUGUGCCAGUGAAAGCCCUUGGUUUUCAGCUGAAUCUCUUCCCCUCUGCAUUUUAAAGUGAUUGUUCACCCAAAAAUGAACUAUCAAACCUGUACGACUUUGUUUCUUCCGCAGAACACAAAAGAAGAUGUUUGGAAACAUUUUGUUAACCGGCACUCAUUCACCUGCAUUGGUUUUGUGUCGACGAAAGUUCUUGGUGCCGGCACUGUCCGGUUACCAACUUUCUUUAAAAUAUUUUCUUUCGUGUUCUGCAGAAGAAAGUAAGUCAAACAGGUUUGAAAUGACAAGAGAAUGAGUAACAAUGACAGAAUUUAUAUUUUUGGGGUCAACUAUUACUUUAAUGCAUCUGGUUUCAGUUUUUAACAUAAUUGUGACUCUUUAUGAGAACAAGUUGCCUUUAGUGUUAAACAUAAUUCACCAAGGUGAUGUAUAGUGUACAGAGAGCUUAAAGUUAAAAUUGAUCUCAAAAACCUUGAUUUAAACUCUCAUGUUGUUGCAAUCCUGUAUGACGUUCAUAUGAAAUUCAUUUUUUGAAUAUCCUGGAAAAUGUGUUCUAGUAUAUAGUGAAUAAUGAAAGACGAUUGGAGCUGUAUAAAGGUCAAUGUAGCUUUGUACAAGAUUUCGUCGGCACGUUCAUGAAAGCUAGGUCUGAUUUGUAUAAUCAGGUUUUGAAUGAUAUGAAUCAGACCAACGGCUUAUCAUACAUGAAAAAUCCCCAUAUACGAGUUGGUUUCGUGGUUUCGUAAUGACAUAAGGGGUCAUUUUAUUUUUGGCCGAACUAUUCCUUUAAAAAAAUAGGGCAUUUAUUUUUAAAUCACUAACAUUUGUGGAGGAUUUAAAGAUGAUCGUAUUCUAGCAAAUACUGCAAAUGAACUUUGGAUGACUGCACAGACUACUGCGUCUCAACUGUUGAUAGCAGGCACAUGAAGAGCAGAAAAUAAUGAUUAAUUCUGAAUGUUGUGCAACAACUACUUCAAGAUUUGGUGAGGCUGAGUGUUGUUACUGAGAAGUUUGAGUGGAUUGUACAGAUUGUACCACUUCUGAUGUGUAAGAAUGGUAAUCCUUGAGGGAUAUUGUUACUGUCAAGUUCUUGUGAAAUACAAAGCAAAUAAUAUAUAACUGUAAUGGUCUUAGCAGGCCUGAAGUAUCAUGUGUGCGUGUCUACAGGGGGAAAUAUUACUAGAACUUGAAGCUCGAAUGUUUGAACUCGGCCAAUAAGUUUGGCCAUUUGUUUACAGAUCACAUCUGUAAUGUUUAAAGGUUGUUCACUCGCUGCCAAGCACGUUUAUUUCCUCCUUUGGAUUUACUGUUAUAUUUUGUUUUAGUGUUAAGAUCCUCUGCUAUGAAUUUUCUGUACAUUUUCGAGCGUGUGUGCAUGUGUGUACUUUGUCUGUCGUGUAUUAAACCGUAUUUAUGCUACAAGUCUGUCUCAAAGUGUACAAGGUAGCAAGAAAGCUGAUAAAAGGUAUGAUGUGUUAUAUCCACA